CAAACAGGCCUAGUCAGGCGUUACGAUUCACUUUAGGGUUGUAACCACAAUAGAUAAACCAACAUUUUUGUUAUUGUUGGCUUUAAAAUGCAUAAUUUUGUACUUUUUUAAAAGGUAGAGGGUUGGUAACGCUGACCGUUUGUUGAAAUUGGUGUCCCAGGUGUCUUGAUUACUUCGUUCCAAGUUGGAAUUAAACAAUCACCAUGGAUAAUUUAGAAGCAAAUAUCAUGGACAAGUCAAUGCGUUCGGUCUUUGUGGGCAACAUCCCCUACGAAGCCACCGAAGAGAAGCUCAAAGACAUUUUCGGCGAAGUAGGCCAGGUCCUGUCAUUCAAGUUGGUUUUCGACCGCGAGACAGGCAAGCCCAAAGGCUACGGCUUCUGCGAGUACCGCGACCAGGAGACGGCGCUCAGCGCCAUGCGCAACCUCAACGGGUACGAGAUCGGGGGGCGCAACCUCCGGGUCGACAACGCCUGUACCGAGAAAUCGCGCAUGGAGAUGCAAAACUUGCUGAACCAGCCCCCGGUCGAGAACCCCUACGGCGAGCCGAUUCAGGCCGAGAAGGCCCCCGAGGCCAUCAGCAAAGCCGUGGCCUCGUUGCCCCCCGAGCAGAUGUUCGAGUUGAUGAAGCAGAUGAAGCUCUGCAUUCAGAACAACCCCACUGAGGCCAGGCAGAUGCUGCUGCAGAACCCCCAGUUGGCGUACGCUCUGCUGCAGGCGCAGGUGGUUAUGAGGAUUAUUGACCCGCAUACGGCGGCUACAAUGUUGCAUCCGCAAAAUCCCGUUCCUUCGUCUUUGACGCCCAAGGAAAAGACUAAUCCAGGCCCCAUUCCGAUUAACAGUAAUUAUGUCUCGAAUCCCACGCCUGUGCAGCCCCCAAGACAGGACUUUCAGCCGGUGCCAGCCCCCGCGAUUCAUAAUAAUUCCAAUCCGGUCUUCACAGGUCAAGACGUUGAUCUAAGAUCACUGGACCCCCGAGGGGCUGAUCCUCGCCUCAGCCGCCUGGGCGACCAGGACAUGCGCACUUUGCCCGGACAACUCCCCAACCCCCUUCCGCCGCCACUUGUCGAAAAUUUCACUAAGCAGGAUCAGAAAUUGGAAAGCUUUAAUAGGGACCCACGUGGAGGUCCGGCCAACUUCCCAUCUGAUCCGAGACAACAACAGCGAGCUGACCCAAGACAGAAAAAUAUGCCCCCUCAGCAAAACGCGAUGCCUCCGCAGCCGGUCAGAGCCCCGCAGGGGCCCCCCAGUACCCCCCAAGUUCGCCAAGCUGCCAAUGUUGCUUCAAGUAUAGGUACAGCUGGGGCCUCAGACCAGGAAAAGGCGGCCCUGAUUAUGCAAGUCCUGCAAUUGUCAGAUGAGCAGAUUGCAAUGCUGCCACCUGAACAGCGUAAUAGUAUUCUAGUUUUGAAGGAACAAAUCGCCAAAAGUGCACACCGUUGAUUAAUUAAGUCAUUUCCCCAAAUCAGUUUAAUUUUUACAGUUUACAUGAUAAUUAAAAAAUCUUUAAAAUUAUUAACAUAAACACUAUUUACAGUA